ACUUUAAAACAUGACAAAUGUUAAUCUAAACAGGGCAUUUAAUUGGUGUGUGUUAAAAAAGUAGGUCAGACCGAAAGAGUAAAAUUCGAGUGCCAAGGUGGGUGGGACGGGGAAGUCGCGAGGUCCGUGACAUUGGCUGGAGAGAGUAUAAAUUGAAAGUAGUGGGAGAAUGAGAGGCCAGUAUCAGUCAGCGUUUCGAGUUGUGCAGUUGUUAGUUUAUGUGUCAAGUGUAAAGGCAGAAUGCCGUCGGAAUCGGACAGUCACGUGGAAGUGGACGUGGAUGUGGAUGUGGACAAGAGCAAACCCGUCCAGCAUCAGACGAUAAUACACUCGGACACUAAAGACAGUUUGUCGUCGGUUGAGAGCGGUCCGAGAGAAGGCGACAACAAAUCGGAUCACGGUGACAUAUCGGAUAAUGCGUCUGACGAUCAGCCCACAAAGCCGAAAGGAGAGAAAACCUCGGAGGAAGAGAACGAUUUCGUCCCGCCAGACGAAGAACUGGUCCAGAAGAUAAUCGACCAAGUUGAGUUUUAUUUUUCCGACGUGAACAUCACGAAAGACGCUUUUCUGUUGAAACACGUUAAACGCAACAAAGAGGGCUACGUCUCUCUGAAACUGAUUUCGAGCUUUAAACGAGUGAAGCACUUGGCCAAAGACUGGAGGGUCAUCGCUUUCGCGCUCGCAAAGUCGAAAAAGUUGGAAAUAAACGAAGCCGGCACGAAACUGCGUCGGGUCGAUCCUCUGCCGGCUUACGACCAGACGACACCGUCGAGGACCGUAGUCGCCAUCGACUUGCCCUUCGAAAAGCCGACCAUCGAAUCCGUGGCCGAGAUGUUCAAGUCGUGCGGGGAAAUCGCGCUCAUCCGCAUACUGCGGCCUGGAAACCCCAUACCGUCGGACGUGAGGCACUUCGUCAACAAACACCCCGAGAUGAUCGGGAAGGUGAGCGCUCUGGUCGAGUUCGUCAGGACCGAGUCCGCACAUAACGCCAUACAAAAAGAAUGGAGCUGGAGGCAAAGCGACAUCAAAGUCAUAGAGCUCAACGCUCCACCUUCCGUCGACCGCAAGUCCAAGUUGAAAAAAGGAGGUAACAACAGAUCUUUCGAUUUGGACUAUUCCUCCUCUUGUGCGAGCAGUUCCGAAACCGAAGACAGGAGGCUCAGGCUGCAAAGGCGUUGCUCUUCGCCGCACCUCGUGGACAACCACUGGCACCAGAGGAGAUGGUCGAGGGACUCCGGCACCGACAGUUCGAGCUCUUAUUACAGAUCCAGAUCGAACAGCGGCGUCUUCUUCAUGCCCGACGUCAGAAGGAUGUCUAGCGACUCGUGCAGCGACAGUUACAGCUCGAGGUCCAGGUCCAACAGCGGUAUAUCCCUGUCUGACAUCAGGAGGCUGUCUAUCAUCAGCAAAGAUUCGGAUUGUUGUUGUUGUCACAUGGACUGUUCAAGAAGAAGCUCUCUCGCCAACGAUUCCGGCUCCGAAGGAUACGGCUCCUCCAGGUCCAGGUGCAACAGCAACGCUUCCGACCUCAGGAGAAAUUCAAUGGAGUUCUAUUGCGCAGGCAAAAUGAGGGAGAGGAAACUUCAAGACGGCUACUGGAGCAACAGCGUCGAAUCCGGACGCCGCCCUUCCGGUCCUCGAGAGCAAGAUUUGGAAAGGUUCAAAGUCCGCGGAACGGACAACGUCGUCCGUAUGCCCAGGGGACCCGACGGAGGCAGAGGAUUCGUACCCGCUCAACAAGCCUGCCAUACUCUUAUCGAAUAACCGCUCAACAAAGAUAUUCGAAUCGAUCCCUUUUUUGUGUCAUUCCUAAAUUGUAUAAAUUUAUAUUAUAAAUUUGCCAUCGUUCAGUACAUACAAACAUAGGACCCAAUGGCAAUCGUUUUUCUCCACAUCAAAUAUUUGUGACAUUUUGUUGCCAGAAGUUCGUUGAGUUGUGAUUACAUUAGGUUGAAUAUACUGGCAAACGCUAGGUUUUCGAAUAUGACAUGGACCUGAUAGCGUUUGGUUUAUUAUUAUUAAUUUUCUCUUCAUAAUGAAAUUGAAAUUUUAAAGGCAUUUUUGAUAGGUUGUUAUAGCUGAAAAACAAUCAACAUUGCUCAGCUACAAAAACCUUACAUUUAUUUGUGAAUAAUCGGUAUUUCAUCAGUUGUUUAUUUCAAUACGAUGAAAAUCAAGCCGUGAUUUAUGUUUUUUCUUUCUUUAAUAAACGAAAAUCAGACUGAAUGACAUUAGUAAUUCGUUGUUAUCAAUUGUAGCUAGUGUGGUUAGGAUUUAUGUAUUUUUAUUUUAACUGUACAUUCGAAUUUAACUUAUUUAAAAGACCAUGUAAUUUAUUUGUGUAUAUGUUGUUGUAAAAGAAUAAAAAAAUGUUAUUUUCUUUGUUUUUUAAAAUUUAUAAUUUGCUAAGACGCCUGUAACGAAUGGACGUGUUGUGAUAAUACACAACUUGUGUUAUCUACUAUGUAAAUAUUAGAAUAAAAUAAAAACGUU